AUGAAAUUGCCGAAGAGCUUUACCAGGCGAAAAUCGUCCGGCAACGUUCUAGAGGACGUGGAAACCCCUCAAUCUUCCUUUCGAGUUUUCGAGCGCCCGGGCCCUCAUCGAUCUAUGACGGAUGGAGCGGUGCUAACAAAGCCGCUGAGUGAGGGAAAUACGGGGCCAUCGAUGGAGGAUUCUGAUAAUAUCUUCGCCCAAAGGGAGCGACCCCUGGACAAGAGCCGGUAUGAUCGCCCUUCGACCAUGGAUUCUCUCAGGAGACGGCUGACUGGGAACCGUGAUGGUAGCUACUACGAAAGUUCUACGUCAACCAGGCUAAGCUCGUCAUCCACCCUCCCAUCAUCCACCGAGGUUCCGCACGACGACAACCUAUCCCCGCAUUCUAGGAUCCAUGAUGUUCCAGCUCCACCACAUCUAUCCAGUGCGCUACGCGCCGCAGGACGGACUUUCUCGUUCGGGGGGCGAUUCAGCAAGUCAGGGCCACAGGUACCUCGGCAACAAACACCCGAUGCCGCAAAGAAUCGUCCGGUGACGGGCAGCACCGACAGCACGGCCACUCCACCCAAGCUGCCAGAUACGGACUUCGCCCUCGGCUCGCAGGACGAUUUCAAUUCGAUGUUUGACAACCUGGGUACAAGAGAGGGUUCAGCAAUGCGGGGGUCAUCCCCUAAACCGGCCAAGGUAAGAUCUGCACUCAUUCAUCCAGGCAAGAAUGCAGUGCUGAUAAUAUCGCAGUACUCCUCGUCUCCGCCGACGCAUGUUCUACCUGAGUUCCAGACCAGCAGGGCUGCUGCGCCCCCCUCUAUUAAUACAGACCGAUCGACAGCUGUCGAAUCACCCCCUUACUCCUGGGAUCGUCGCCCGUCAGAGGAGGGCUUGCUUCGUGGCCCGCAGUCUCCACCGCUGAACCAGAGCCAGUCUACUCUCGAUCCAGUUGUUGGUUUCCGCAAGCCUUCGCCGUCUCCAAAUGAAUUUACCGCGGCCACCACGACACAUCGCUCUUUGGAGCGCCCGAAGGGAACGGAGAGAGCAGGACUGCGGAGGAGUGGGGCAUAUUCACCCAAGGGGGAAUCUGCACCCUUUGAUGACGAAGAUGCCAAACUGGUCCGAAAAUCUGUCUUGUGGAGUAAAGACAGCACUUCGCCAUGGGCUGAGGACAGCCCAUCUUGGGGAACCCCGUUGAUUGAUAAGGGCAAAGCACCCAAUUACUCUGGCCAAGUGAACCCAGAACAUGAUGAUGUUUUCCAAUAUCGCAGUUCGCCCGGUCCGGCCGACAGAUUGGACCCCACCAUCGUGGAUCACGCGCGGUUGGCUGUGCAGUACGCGGAUAGUAUCCCUAAAUCGACUUCGCCAGGUAACAAGGUGAUGACUCCAUCUCAGUUCGAGCACUAUCGCCAGCAACAAGAACUUCGACGUUCCAAUAGCGAUGCGACUAAGAGCGAUCAAGACUCUGAUCAUGAGGAGUCUGAAGAUGAACAGGAUGAGUUGGAGAAGCAGCGUGAAACGGAACGCCAACGGCGAAAGCAGGAGGCUCAUCUCUCUGUGUACCGUCAGCAGAUGAUGAAGAUCACAGGUCAGCAAGCACCCGUUCAAUCGCUACGACCGGUCAUGAGCGGAGGUAGCAGCAGUACGCUCAAUUUGCACCCAAGUCGCCUGUCUGCACUAGGCGAGAGGUCCACUAGUGGGAAGAGCAGCGAGGAGGAGGAUGACGAUGUACCACUCGGUAUUCUGGCCGCGCACGGUUUCCCCAGCCAGAACCGCCCGCCAACCCGCCUGAAUAAUGUCAGCUCCAAUCCCAACCUUCGUGCAUCCAUGCAACCGCCGUAUAUAUCAUCAUCCAACUCUGUUUCGGGCGCCGAUCCCAACGGCAGCCGGGUCAGUCUGCCACCUUUCGCAAGGAACUUGCCGCGAGACCCUUACUUCGGUGCAGGUCUAGUUAACAACCCCAACCGCGAAUCGUUGGCAUUCGGAGGUGGUUCGGUAUAUGGAGGAUCUUCGUCCCCCGCACCUCCCCCUGGAGGUCUUGUUGGUGUUAUAGCAAAUGAGGAGCGGGCGCGGGCGAUGCGCAGAGGAAGCCCCAACACACAAGCAAUGCAGGAGAAUGGCGGAGUCCCUCGACCAUACUCGAUGAUGCCGCAACAAAACUAUAACGCCGGGGAGCAAGCUUCUAUCCAGCUGUCACAACAGAUGACAAACAUGAUGCAGAUGCAAAUGCAAUGGAUGCAGCAAAUGAUGCAAAUGCAAGGCGCGCAGGGCCAGCCUAUGAUGCAAGGCAUGCCAAUGCCUCCUAUGAUGAUGCCCGGUGGAGGGAUGCCCGUGCCAUCCAUGGGCCCUCCUUCUAUAGCAGGACCCAUGGGUGGAAACCCGAACUUGCGGCCGAUGUCCAUGCCUCUCAAUGGGCCGCCCUCGAUUCCACCCCAAUUUGAUCAGCGUACGAUGAGCAUGCUGGACCCCAACAUCUCAACUCGUAGGACUGGCUCACCCAUGCCGAAUCUGUCCGGCACCCCAUUCCGUCCCAACACUGGAUACGCCCCUUCAAUCGCUCCGUCGGAGCGCAGCACUGUGGGUAUGGCACCCCGUUACCGUCCAGUAUCAGUCAUGCCCGAAUCGAAUUACGCAGUGGCGUCAUCGAAUAAGCCUUUCGGUGAUGAAAACCACAACCCGUCCAUGCCGAUACCUCAGUCCCAGAUUCCCAAAUCCCAUCUUGCCACUGUGACCGUCCGCCCCGUUUCACGGUCAGGUACCGGCCUUGGAGGUGGAAAGCCCGGUUCCGAUGACGAAGACGACGAGGAGGCCUGGGCUGACAUGGUGAAGAAACGCGAGAAGAAGAAGAGCAGCUGGAAGAUGAAGCGAGGAACGUCCUCGUUCGGGGAUCUGCUGAGCGCCGUGCACUAA